UAAAGACGCAUUACACGUAAGAACGUUUACUAGCACUAGCAAAUAACGUCUUUUUCUUUCUUCAUACAAGAAAGCACCGUCCAUAAUUUGUUAUUAUAAUGGACGGCGGUGUGCUUUUAAACAUAGAGAAAACGUAACCAAAUGUGUUAGAAAUUUGCACAACAGAACCUAAGGAUGAUUUUGAGCGUACUUCUAAGAAAAAGAUCAAGGGUAGCAUCCCAAGCCCUCCCCGGACUAAAGUUUGUGAUGUCACGCUUGGCAUGUUUUUGGCCAUUGGCUGUGCCACACUCCAGCUCCUCCAGAGGAUCCGUGAGAAACGAGCCCGGAUCCCCUCACUACGAGUUGAUGGCAAAGUUUAAAUGCCCCAAACAUUCUGAGGCGAAGCAAAAUGCUGAGGAGAGACGCAUCUCGAUCUUAUCAGGAGUUCAACGGUGAGGACGGCGCUGGGCCGCUUGGGUCUCACCAGAACAAUGAGGUUUCUGAAGUGGAGCGAGAUCAAGUCAGCUGUGACCCUUCACCAGACGAGGACGUUGUGGACAACAAUCUAAUGCCCAUUGGUUUCAACAAAGCUUGCGUGAAGAACGUUUUCACAGCCAUCCUCGUCCUCAUUUACUUGCUGCUCACUACGGUGGCCGUCUUCUUGGCCUACCAGACCAUCUCAGACUUCAUGGAGAAGCUCAACCAUCCCGUUAUGUCCGUUUCGUACAAAGAGGUUGAGGAGUUUACCGCACCGGGAAUCGCUCUCUAUCCCGGGAAGGCGCGCUUAUUAAGUUGCAUGCACCGGUAUCACGACGACAUCCCACCUCUUGUUGCGUCGGACAGAUCCGUGGAAAGAAACUGCAUAAAAGAGGAUGUUAUUUACCACGGGCCGUAUUCAAACCAGACGCAAAAGCGAGCCAUAGUGGUCAGAGGGCCGACUGAUGUGAGGAACCGAGAACUUAUAUUCCUCCAGUUCAGCCGGAAUGAAACGGAAGAGGAUUUCAGUGCAAUCAGUUACAUGAUUUUUGCCAAGUUUAGUGACAUGCUCGAAAGCUCCGAUAAAGCUGCUUUUAUGAUGGACUGCGAAAGGAAUUACUCGAUGUGGACCUUCUCUGGAGGCUUUCGGACGUGGGUCAAAAUGUCUUUGGUCAAGACGUCAGGAAGAGGAAACGAAUCCGUUGAAUUUAGACAGGAGUCCAAUGUGGUGAAGUACAUUGACAAGAGGCCUCCACAGGAGCAAGCCAAUGAGCUUUUUUUUGUUGUCUUCCAAUGGCGAGACCCAUUUAUACAGCAAGUCAAAGAUAUAGUCACAGCUAACCCGUGGAACACCAUAGCCAUAUUGUGUGGCGUCUUCAUGGCUCUUUUUAAAGCCGCAGACUUUGCCAAACUCAGCAUUAAGUGGAUGAUCAAAAUCCGUAAAAGACACUUAAGGGCAAAAAUGAGAGAACUGAAUCAAAUAAGCUAAAUCUUUUUAAAAUUCAUCUAAAAAAACACUUUCAUGAGAACUGUGCUGAUGUUGUGUUGUACAGUUUUGUUUUAACCGGACAAUAGGUUUUAAUUUGAUAUUGUAAAGUGAGGACUCCUAGCGAAGAGGGAAUGCUGAGGCAUGUGUUCUGCGGGACGGGGGCAAAGUGUAUUCAUGUGGUUUUGACACUAAAAUAUUAACUCUUCACACCUGCUCUCUGUCAGAUUAAGCCAGUUAAAGUGAUGACUAAGGAGGGAUUUUGCUGAAACCAAAAAGGCUUUUAAUGACAGGUACCUUUUGGUUAAGUUGCAUUUCUCAACAAUCAAUAAAUAACUACUGCAGUGCCUACUUUGACAUAGAUAUUCUAUAAAGAUGUUGUUACUUGUGUUUUUGUUUUUUUUGCUAUCAAUGUGAGGUUUUAUCAGUAUGACACGUUGUAUAAACCUAUACAAGUCGUAUUAAAUUACUAUCUAAAAACAUUCUGAAUUAUUUAACCAUGCUUACAAAAAAACUUGUAGACCCAUUUCAUUUUGUCGUUAAGCACCAUUAUGGUGCUUUCUAAUGAUGAAAUUACUUUUUGUUUCCAUGUAAUGUAAUGUUUUUUUCAAGUACUAAACAAAUGGUAUGUUGUUUAAAUUUUGUGCAUAGUACAUUUUAAGAAAUGUGUGGAAUCAGUUUUUACAUCUUUUCUUUUUACACGUCUUUUCUCCUCCUUUUUUAUUUUAAACCAAAUUACUUGAAUAUUCUUCCAGUGAAUGCAACUGAAUCGAGAAUGUAUAUAUGCAACUAAUUAAUAAUUCAACAAGAAUAUGCAUUUAUAUUCCAAUAGCUGUUUUUUUUGCACAAUAAUAAUAAAUACCAAA